AUGGCUAUUUCAUUUGGUAUUUUAUACAGUGAAAUUAAAACAGAAUUAAAAACAUCGCAUGCGGAAACUGCCUGGAUUUUCUCACUUUUUAACGGUCUACUUGGACUUACUGGUUUGCCAUUAGGAUUUUUACUACACAAGAUAAAUGAAAGAUGGCUGACGGCUAUUGGAACCCUUUUCCUCAUCGCUGGAAUGAUAUCAAGCAGUUUUGCUUCCAAGAUCAGCACGCUAUAUGUUACAUAUGGUGUCAUAAGUGGCGUUGGCGCUGGUAUAGUACAUUAUUGUGCCAAUACCAUAAUUGUCCGACAUUUUAGCUCAAAAUGGUGUCCACUAGCAAUAACUAUAGCUAAUUCUGGUUCAGCUGUAAGCUCUCUGGUAUUUCCACCUGUAUUGACAGCGAGUAUCCAAAGUUAUGGCUGGAAAACAACAUUUCUGUUGCUUAGCGGUACAUCAGCCGUUGGUUUGUUUAGUGCUGCAUCUUAUGUAGCACCGGACAAAGACAUUGAUACGAAAAUGUCAAAAGAAUCACACCAUGAUGGUGGAUUUUUUGGCCUUUAUACAGCCGUAGUGGCACAUUACUUGGAUAGAUCUCAUAUUCCAGUCGGAUUGGGAUUGACCAUUGCAGCUAAUGGGAUAUCUUCAACCACGGGAAUGCCUCUAGCAGGUUUCGUGUCAGAUUUGUACGAUGGAGACGAUGGCGCGUUCGUUUUUGGUGCUUGCGUGAUGUUUUUUGCUGCACUGAUUCUGUCUGUCAACGUUAUCAAGGAAUUCUUCUUCAAAGAUGAUGUUUCCAUAGAAUACGAAAUUGAAAUUACACGCUUUUAG